AAUUAAAUGCUCAAAAUUUGGGAGCUUGCGGCGUUGCAAGAGCUACGUGGUUAUCAAAGUACCCCUCACAUUUCCAUUUCUGAGUGAUUAAAAGCAUUGCAGAGUUCGCUCCCAUGUUUUCUUUCCUCCUCCAAGCGGCAGGCUUCUGCAUUAUUCACAGGCAGUUGAAGGAUUUUCGUCUCUCUCCUUUUUGCUAAGCGUAGCCAUUUUCACAUGGCUUCUCUUCAGUUCAGCAUGGAAUUUCGAGUCUUCGGUGGCCAAUUCUUUAGAAGAAACAAUAUUCUUCACAGUUGUGCUAAGCAUUUGCGAAUAAGUUGCAAUCACUCAACAAUGACAAAGAAGCAGAAAGUACCUACUCAAUUCUUUAAGGAGAAGAAGAUAAUCCCUGAUUCUGCUCCCCCAAGUGCUAAAGACCUUGAUCGUCUGCACAAAUUUGUUGAUGAAAGUGAAAAGCUCAUGGUGUUGACUGGAGCAGGAAUAAGCACUGAGAGUGGGAUUCCUGAUUAUAGAAGUCCAAAUGGAGCUUACAGUUCGGGAUUCAAACCUAUUACUCAUCAGGAAUUUGUUCGUUCUAGCCGAGCUCGGAGGCGUUAUUGGGCUAGGAGUUAUGCUGGAUGGAGAAGGUUUACUGCAGCGCAACCUGGAGCUACUCAUAAGGCACUUGCAUCUCUUGAAAUGCAAGGCCGAGUAAAGUUUAUGGCUACACAAAAUGUUGACAGGCUUCAUCACCGUGCAGGCAGUGAGCCACUUGAAUUACAUGGCACUGUGUACUCUGUUGUAUGUUUAGGAUGUGGUUUUACAUUCUGCCGCCAUAUAUUUCAAGACCAAGUGAAGGUUCUUAAUCCACAGUGGGCUUUAGCAGUUGAAAAUCUAGACAAUGGGAAGAACCCUGAAUCAGACGAGAGCUUUGGCAUGCAGCAGCGGCCUGAUGGAGAUAUAGAGAUUGAUGAGAAAUUUUGGGAGGAGAACUUCCAUAUCCCUAAUUGUCUGAAAUGUGAUGGCUUGUUAAAACCUGAUGUUGUAUUUUUCGGCGAUAAUGUCCCAAAAGAUAGAGCUGGGAAAGCAAUGGAGGCUGCAAAAAGUUGUGAUGCCUUACUUGUCGUGGGUUCAUCUUUAAUGACCAUGUCUGCUUUUCGACUUGUAAGAGCUGCUUAUGAGGUUAAUGCAACUGUUGCAAUAAUUAAUAUUGGCGAAACCAGGGCUGAUGAGCUUGUAUCCUUAAAGAUUAGUGCAAGAAGCGGUGAGAUACUACCGAGGUUGCUUGGAAUGGGAUGUCUAAGCAUACCUGCAAGCAAAUGAAGCAGAACUUGGUCCCUUGCAUCUCAUGGUAGGAUCAGAGGAGAUUCAACACAUUGAUAUAUAAAUUGUUGUAUAGCACUAUAGGCGAAAGAAAUUCAUACUAGUCCUAAAAUGCUUCCCGGGCAAAGCUCUCCACAAUUCUAUUCGAAAAGUCAUUUAGGAUGUUGCCCUCUUGCAUGCAUUCAUUGUCUGCUUGAAACAGUUGAGGUGAGAAUCACUUGUGCUGUGAAUAUUUCUAUACAAACAUUGAACGAAAAGAUUGUUUUUGUUAUCAAUGGUUUAAACAGCAAGUAACACUUACGGCAGGUCAA